AUGCAAGCUCUAAAUAAGAACACAACAAACUUUUCAAACUAUUCUAAGAUAUCUGAGUCAUUGAAAGAAGGAAACUUAAAACUGACAUUAAACCCAAUGACAGAUGAGUUUCUGUUUCAAGACAAUAAGAACCAUACUGUCUGUAUAAAUCCAACAAAAGGAACUUUAAACGAGAAACCUAUAAAUGAACUUCUUUUGAAAGCAGAUGUUGACAACAAAGCUGACAAAGAAUAUGUAGACGAUGCAAUAGCAAAAGAAGAAGAAAGAGCUAACAAUGCUUAUGCAACAAAAGAACAUACUCAUCCUGAACUAGCAGACAAAACAUAUGUUGACAAUAAAAUGUCAAGUGAAGUGACAAGAGCUGAAAACGAAUAUUCUAAAAAGACUCAUACACAUACCAUUGCAAAUAUUACAAACUUACAAGAAACCUUAAACAGGAAAAGUGCCGUUGGACAUACACAUUCCAUAUCUGAAAUAACAGACUUAAACGUUAGCCUUGAAAAGAAAGCGGAUAAGGAAUAUGUGGCUAGUAAGUUAGAGAAGAAAGCGGAUAAGGAAUAUGUGGAUGAAAAAGAUAAUGAAAUUAAAGAAAGGGUUGAAUGGUAUCAUGAAUGGACAUCAAAGAUUUUAAAAACUAAAGCUGAUACAGGAUGGGUUUCAGGAUGUUUAGACCUUAAAGCAGAUAAAACUUAUGUUAACGAUGAGUUAGAGAAGAAAGCAGAUAAGACUCAUACACAUACAAGUUUUACAACUUUUACAGCAGAUGAUAUUACACUAAACACAACCUUGCCAAAUAAAGGUCCAACAAUACCACCGGCAACAAGUCUUGUAGAUACUUUGAUAUCUAAUGACAAUAGUAUUAUGCAUCUAAGACAGGAACUCAAUGUGCUUAAACAAAUUUUGCCGAAUCUUAUUUACCCGGUUGGCUCAUUAUAUGUUUCAAUGAACUCUACCAGACCAGAAGUAGUACUUGGUUUUGGAACUUGGACUCAAAUAGUCGACAGGUUUUUGUAUUGUGCAAACUCUUCAAAGGAAACAGGUGGAAGUAAAACGAUUACAGGUGAAAAUUUACCUGCACACAGUCACUACAUAGAUUUAAGUACAUCUCAAGCAGGUUGGCAUAAGCAUAGAUAUUGGGAUUGGUCAGCAAUGACAAAAGGUAAAGGAUAUGAUGUUAAAGACAACGUUAAGUUUGCUAUAAAUUGUUACUGGAGUAACACUGAGGGAGGAGGAAACCAUACACAUCACGUUUCAGGAUAUACGCAAACAACGGGACAAAGUAAAGAAUAUAUGCCACCUUACAUGACAGUUUACGCAUGGUAUAGAAUUGCUUAG